AUGGCGACAGAAGAUGCCCGCUACCGGGCUUCGACGCAAUAUCGACUAUGGUCGUUCACUCCUGCACAGUUGUCCUCUCUACGGAAUGACAGCAACAGCCUUGCCAAGGCAGCAAUUGCUGCAAGACUGCAGUCCUCGAACCCGCCUGUUGACCCGCUACCCGAGUUCCUGACGCCAGCCGAGGAGCUGUCUCUGCUCAACUUCUACACUGCCGAACUAUUACGAGCCGCUGCUUUCCUCGAACUCCCAACCGAGAUACGCGCAACUGCUGCUAUCUUCCUGCGACGGUUCUAUGUCACCAACAGUAUUAUGACCUAUCCUCCGACUGAGCUGCUCAAGACAUGCCUUUUUUUCGGCUGCAAGGCAGACGGCUACUACAUGCGCCUUGCCAAAUUCGCCGACAAGUUUCCAAACACAAGCGCCGAAGUCGUCUUGGCUGCCGAGUACAUUCUAUGCCAAGGCAUUCGUUUCGCAUUCGACGUCAAACACCCGUUCCGAGCUUUGGAGGGCACAAUCAUGGAGCUGAGAAGAUUGGGCGAUUUUGAGACGAAAAGAAUAGACCGCGGCCAUGGUCGGGCAAGAGAAAUCCUCAAGUUCAGCCCUCUAGUCACGGACGCAUACUUCCACUAUACACCGAGUCAGAUCAUGCUCGCGGCUCUGGCAAUGGCCGAUGAGGGUAUGGCUCAGCGCUUGUUAAGAGACGCAUUCGCCGGCCAAGGCGAGGCCGCCAGAGAUCAGGUCUGGAAUGCCAUUCAGUCAUGCCGCGAGCUACUAGAGAAAGAACCGCCGGAAAAAACAAAUGACCAGAAUGUUCAGGAAACAAGUAAGGCCAUGAAGCCGUUCGUCAGGAAGCUCAAGAAAUGUCGCGAUCCUGAUCGAGUAGACCUUGUUGCGCUGCAGAAAGCUCGGCGUGAGCAAGCAGAAAAGAAGAAGCCGAAGCCCGCAAAGAAGGAAGACGCUUCAGUAUUUGGCGCUACCCUGGUUGAACCAGAUGCCAAACGACGAAAGACGACUGACGAUCCAUUCGGACCUCCCUUGGGUUAG